AUGGAGCAAUUGCUGAGAUGCAUGGAGAUGUUGAACACAGAUGACAGGGCUGCGGUGCUGAGAUACAUGGCCGACUUGGACAAAAAAGAGACGGCUACGUUGCUAGGGAGACUGACGCGGUUGGAUUCCGUUCAGGGGUCUAUGGAGCUAAGAAGAAAGGCGCGGUUGGAUCCUGCUCAGGAGUCUAUGACGCCGAGAAGCGGAGAGAAGUUGUUGAAUCCUGUUCUGGAGCUUCAGGAGCUUUUUGUGCUGAGAAGCAUGGAGGAAUUGAACACAGAUGACAGAGUUGCAGUGGAGAGAAGCAUGAAGGAGUUGAACACUGAUGACAGGAUUACAGUGGAGAGAAGCAUGAUGCGGUUGGAUCCAGAUGACAGGUCAGCAGUUUGGAGCAGUAUGGGUGAGGCAAGACUCUUAUCCACUGCCUUCCUCAUUCUCCUCUUGUACUCGAUUCAACAUAUUCUCUUUUUUCCAGCGGAAUUGAACACAGAGGGCAGGGCUGCGGUGCUGAGAAGCAUGGUGGAGUUGAACAAAGGUGACAGGGUGGCAGUGCUGAGAACCAUGGGUGAGGCAGGAUUCUUGUCCACUGCCCCUUCGAAUGGAGGUGAAGAUCAGGUGUGCCGUAUGUCAGAAGCUGAGAAGCAUCGGAAACUGAUCGAAUCUCCGCGGAAAGAGAGUCGCUUGAGGACCAAGGCCUCCGAGUUGACAACCCUUCUCGAGAAACUCAAUCGCAACUGCGAGCUAAAGCUGCAGCAGUCACCAGAAUUCAAAGCCGAUCUGAAGCGGAUCGAUGCACGUCACCAAGUCGACGACGGUGUCCACUGGAAGACGAAACCAUCUUCCGAAUUUGUCUCCAUCGAACCAUUCAAGAGGAUCGAGCUCAUCUCUGAUAGUCCUGACAAUUUUGUUCAGGAUCAGUUGAACGACACGGAUCCCCUGGAGCUGUUGGAUGAGCUCAUCGACCUGAUUGGGAACGAAGGAAGCUUGACCGAGGAGCAGAUCGUGGAACUCAUCGGCUUCCUCGAGGAUUUGUUUCAACGAUUCCUCGAUAGCCUCCUCGUCUACGAUGAAGCUACGAAUCGAAGCCACAAAUUUCUUUUCAAUUUCACUCGGGCCAUGGACGAAAUCCUCGCCUCUUUCAACGGAUGGCUCAAUAUGACGCAGGUGAAAGAUUUCCCCAAUCCCGAAUGUCCGUGCACCUGA